AUGAGUUUUAAAUCAGUAGCUCUUUCGUUCAACGUGCAAGCGGAAUGUAAUGUAACAAGAGCACGAGCGGGUCUCAUGAAAUUACCGCAUUAUGAAAUAAAAACUCCAGUAUUUAUGCCCGUGGGCACACAGGGUACAAUGAAAGGAUUGUUACCUGAGCAGCUUGAAAAGCUAGACUGUGAAAUUAUACUAGGAAACACAUACCAUCUUGGCAAUCGACCUGGUACAGAAGUGUUGAAGAAAGUGGGUGGACUUCAUAAGUUCAUGGGAUGGAACAGAGCACUGCUUACAGACUCAGGGGGAUUCCAAAUGGUAUCCCUUUUGAAACUGGCUGAGAUCACAGAAGAGGGUGUCAAAUUUAAGUCACCUUAUGAUAAUUCGGAAAUUAUGUUAACUCCAGAAAAAUCCAUUGAGAUUCAAAAUUGUAUAGGGGCAGAUAUAAUAAUGCAAUUAGAUGACGUCGUUCAAACCACAUUCCAAGACUAUGACCGAAUAAAAGAAGCCACAGAACGGACCAGUCGCUGGCUAGACCGCUGUUUAAAAGCCCACAAAAGGCCUAAUGAGCAAAGCAUAUUUCCUAUUGUUCAGGGAUUAUUAAAUAAAGAACUUAGAACUCAAAGUGCAAAGGACCAUAUGACAAAAGAAGUUAAUGGAUUUGCUAUUGGAGGACUAAGUGGAGGAGAAGCGAAAGAUGAUUUCUGGCCAAUGGUCAGUCUAGGCACAGAGAUCUUGGAUAAUAACAGACCUAGAUACCUGAUGGGAGUUGGAAUGGCAAUAGACCUUGUAGUUUGUGUAGCAUUAGGAGUUGACAUGUUUGACUGUGUCUUUCCCACAAGAACUGCAAGAUUUGGCUGUGCUCUAGUGAACACAGGACAGCUGAAUUUGAAACAGAAGAAAUAUGAGACGGAUCUUAACCCUAUUGACAAAGAUUGUACAUGCUCCACAUGCACAACCUAUACAAGAGCUUACUUGCAUUGCAUUGUUACAGUAGAGACUGUAGCUUGUCAUCUUAUUUCUGUACACAAUAUUGCUUUUCAAAUGCGCCUAAUGAGAACAAUGAGAGAGAAUAUAGAAAAUGAUACUUUCCCGCAGUUUGUAACUAGAUUUGUCAAUGAAUUGUACCCUACUGGCAUUUGUCCUAAGUGGGUGACAGAUGCAUUAACUUCAGUGGGAAUAACUGUAUGCCAAAAGUAA